CUGGAGGAGGAGGAAUUUCAGGUUACCCGGCUGUCAGGUGUAUAAAAAAUAAAGACCUGAAAUUCAGAGUUACGCAAAUAGAAAGUCCUGUUCAAAAUCAGCUGAUGAAUUCAUCAGAUGGCCAGGGAUAUAGCCCUUUGGUUCCAGGAUCAUAUUCGCAUCAGACGCCGGCGAAGGUUGCUCCACAUCAGUCUUCUGGACAGUAUAACUAUAGUGGCUCUCAGAAUGUUGCUCAGUUAAACAAUUAUCAAGGACCUGGGCAGACUCUCAAUAGACCACCAGUGGCACCUUUCUCCGGGUCACCAGCACAACAGACUGCUCCUGUUCCGCAAGUGCUGCUGCCUGCAUUGCAAAACUCGGCUGCUGUAUCGUCCGCUGGUAGCUUUCCUCCUGGAGCUAGCCCACCAGUGCUUUCCAACUGGCACUACAGCCAGACCCCCGUGAGCCAGCCAGUUGGAUCUCCAGCAAGCCAUUUGGCUCGUGUGACGGGGACAGGGUCACCUCAGCCACCAUCGUCGCUAUCAGGAAGUACAAAUCCUCCAGGAAGUUACCAAUAUGCUGCUUCUCCGGGAGGGCCUCCGCUUCAUAACAGCUAUGUGAAGCCAGGAUCUGCACCUCCACCCGUGACUCAGCCUUUAACUCCACUCCACCCUCCUGCCAGGCCACCUUUAGCGCCUCCGCCAGUCGGUGGUCCACCUUUAAUUAGGCCAUCGACGCUGAUAGCAGGACCACCUAAUACACAGUCUCUGCUAAAUUCAGCUGCAAAUCGAGAAGGUGAUGCUACAUCUGCUGCCAGUGAUGGGUCUGUGGUGCAAAACAGUUAUGAUGCUAUAGAAGGUGGUGGCCUCAUGGCAACUCCACAUCCUUCUCCUGCACCCCCAAAUCCCAAGAUGAAUAGAAGUGUUGGGUAUUCUUACCCUGCCUUACCUCCAGGGUACCAGAACACUUCUCCACCCGGAGCACCAGGAAUGCAAGCACCUGCUUUGCAAUAUCCAGAUGGAUCAAAACAUUUCCACCAGCCUGCCCUGGGUACUAAUCACUUAACUGCAUCGAUGGGUAACCUGAGUCUACAGCAGGAAGGAUUAAGACCUGUGAAUCUUCUUCAAGAAAGAAAUAUUCUUCCUACAACCCUCUUGAAGGCCCCUGUCCCAAACUUGCAUGAAGACAUCCAGAAGCUCAACUGUAAUCCUGAGUUGUUCUGCUGUACCCUGACUAACAUUCCUCAAACUCAAGCCUUAUUGAAUAAAGCCAAACUUCCUUUGGGGCUCCUGCUUCAUCCUUUCAAAGACUUAUCGCAACUGCCAGUGGUCACCUCAAGUACUAUUGUGAGAUGCCGUUCCUGCCGGACAUACAUUAACCCUUUUGUCAGCUUUCUAGACCAGAGGAGAUGGAAAUGCAAUUUGUGCUAUAGAGUGAAUGACGUUCCUGAAGAAUUCAUGUAUAAUCCUGUGACAAGAGUUUAUGGAGAACCUCAUAAAAGACCUGAAGUCCAGAAUGCUACUAUUGAGUUUAUGGCUCCAUCUGAAUACAUGCUACGUCCACCCCAGCCACCUGUGUACCUCUUUGUGUUUGAUGUUUCUCAUAAUGCAAUAGAGACAGGAUACUUGAAUACCGUCUGUCAGACCUUGUUAGACAAUCUGGACCUGCUUCCUGGGAACACUAGAACAAAAAUAGGCUUCAUAACAUUUGACAGCACAAUCCAUUUCUACAGUCUUCAAGAAGGUCUCUCUCAGCCUCAGAUGCUGAUAGUUUCAGAUAUUGAAGAUGUAUUUAUACCAAUGCCAGAAAACUUACUAGUAAAUUUAAAUGAAAAUAAAGAGCUAAUUCAGGAUUUGUUGAGGACCUUGCCACAGAUGUUUGUCAAGUCCCUGGAAACUCAGAGUGCUCUGGGGCCUGCAUUACAGGCUGCCUUUAAACUGAUGUCCCCCACUGGAGGGAGAAUCUCUGUCUUCCAGACACAGCUCCCGUCUGUGGGAAUGGGAGCGCUAAAGGCACGAGAAGAGCCAAACCAAAGAGCAACCGCAAAGGACAUACAUCUGACGCCAUCGACUGAUUUUUACAAGAAGUUAGCUUUGGACUGCUCAGGGCAGCAGGUUGCAGUGGAUUUAUUUCUUCUUAGUGGACAAUAUUCUGACUUGGCUUCUCUAGGUUGUAUAUCAAGGUAUUCUGCAGGUAGUGUCUAUUACUACCAGUCCUACCAUCAUAAACACAACCCUGUCCAGGUGGAGAAAUUGCAAAAGGAACUGAAACGAUAUUUAACUAGAAAGAUUGGGUUUGAAGCUGUCAUGAGGAUAAGAUGCACCAAAGGUCUCUCCAUCCAUACUUUCCAUGGGAACUUCUUCGUGCGAUCUACAGACUUGUUGUCGUUGCCCAACGUAAACCCGGAUGCAGGAUAUGCCGUGCAAAUGUCAGUAGAAGAGAAUCUUACUGAUAUGCAAGUUGUUUCUUUUCAGUCAGCUCUCCUGUACACAUCCAGCAAAGGUGAAAGACGAAUUCGUGUCCACACCAUGUGUUUACCUGUUGUAACAACACUGAGUGACGUCUACUGGAGUGCCGUCUCCGGGGGGGCAGACGUACAAGCCAUCACUGGGCUGUUAGCCAAUAUGG